AUGGACGCGAACGCCCCGUGGUCCUCUAUGGACCUCGACUUCGACCUCAACAGUGUACCAGUCAACCUGGAUGGCGCUGUUCCAGAUGGCUUGCCUCCCGACGACCUAGCGGACGCGUGGCUGUCCGAUUUUGUCCUGCCCCGCACUGGCUCGCCUGGGUUCGACCCGUCUGGCAGCGCGCCCGCGCCGUCGCGCAACAACGGCACGACCACCGCCGCGGACGACGACUCGGACCUGUCUGACAGCGACACCGACGACGAGGGCGGAGACGGCGCGCGCCGGCGGCAGGGCGGCGGCGGUUCGGGCGGCGCGAAGAAGGCCAAGCGGCGGCGGCGCGUCCGCAAUGCGAAGCAGCAGGAGCUGAACCGGCUGGCGCAGCAGCGCUACCGCGAGCGCAAAAAGGCGAAGUACAGUGUGCUGCAGGGCACUGUUGAGGAGUUGUCCGAGCAACUGGAGCGCCUGUCCGCUCUGGAGAGCGGCGCGGCGGCCAUGGCCGCGCGCACGGCCGAGCUUGAGGCGCUCGCCGGCGAGCAGGCGCGGCGACUGGAGGAGAGCGGCGCGUCGCUGACGCGGCAGCAGGAGCAGCUGCGGCUCGCAGCGGAGGCGAUCUCGGAGCAGCAGCGGCAGCUGCGGGAGCGCGACGCGCGGGUGGCGGAGCUGGAGGGGCGCCUCGGCGGCCUGCAGCGGCAGGCGGCGGCGGCGGUCUCGGCGGCGAGCGCCAUGAGCGGCGGCGCCGCGGCUGUGCCCGCGGGCGCGGGCGGCGCCAACGCCGAGGCGCUCGCCGCGGCGGUCAGGGCCAUCCUUGGAGGGCUCAUCCUGCCCGCGGCGGCGGCCGCGGCGUCGGGCGCGGAGAUGUCGGCGGCGGCCGCCGCGGCCGCCGCCACGGCCGCGGCGCCCGCGCAGCUGCCGCUGCCGGACGCCGUGCUGCAGCAGAUCCACAGCUGCUGCGCUGAGGUGGCGCUGCAGCUGCGCACCCUGCGGGCGGUGCAGGCAGAGGCGCCGCACGCCAUCCAGGUGCCGUGCUGCUGA